GUGCCUCGUCCCCCUCGCUCGAUCGCUACAUAGCAUAGCAUACCAUACAUAGGCCGCUGCCGCGUUGUUUUCCUCGCCCGCCCCUCCCCGCACGCCGCGACGACCACGGCGUACAUAGGACGGCAGGAUCGGCAGUGGCGGUAGGCGCGGCAGAUACGAGCUGGUACGCCGGACUGGCUAUGUUGGCUUGGAAGGCGGGUUAGUGAGGAAGGUAGCAGCGUUGUCGUCGUCGGCGGCCAUGGAUGUCGUCGGGGAAGGAGCCCGCGCCGCGGCGGCGGCUGGUGGCGGUGGCGGUGGCUCGGGCGGGUUCAUCCACUCCGUCGUGGGCCUCUCCUCCGCCUCCACGCCGCUCCUCUUCUGGCUCCUCACCGUCGCGCUCGUCGCCGCCAUCCACGUCGCCUCCGCCUACAUGUCCUCCUCCUCCUCCUCCCCAAGGGGCGAGGAUAAGGAGACGGAGAGGAGGCCGCGCGGCGGCGGCUUCCCCGGCGACGAGAGGGACGGGGAGGCGGACGCGCACGACGACAGGGUUCUCCAGAUGAUGCGCAGCUUCAGCUUCGUGCACGCCAGCGAGGAGGAUUUCGUGGAGGGCAUGGCCGCCUACGAACGCGCUUUUGACGACGCGCCGCCCGAGCCGGUCGCCCCGGCCUCGCCGCCGCCGGCUCCGGCCUCUCCGUCGAGCCUCUGCUUCAGCUUUCAGAAUCAGAUGCCUGAAAUUCCGCGAGAGGCCCCGGUGGUUUCGACAGCAGCACCAGUCCAGAAGGAGGAGGAGGAGCACCAGGAAAAAAAGCAGGGCAAGGAAUCGCUGAUUCCAUUCGCUCCGGUGGCCACGCAAGAGCACGAGCACGAAGCAGAGGAAGCAGAGGUGCUAGUGGAAGAAGAAGAAGACGACGAUGAGCCGAGCGGCGAGGCUGUCGACGCAGAGCCGAAGAUCGUUCCGGCCACGCACAACUACCGGUUCCUGACGGAGCGGGACUUCCGUGGGUUCGUCAGGGAGCCGGAGACCAUGACGGUGCGCGUCCAGGAGUCCUUCGUGCCGCCACCGCCGCUGCAGCCGGCGGCGCAGCCUGAGGAACGGAGAGUGGUCGACGGCUCCUCUCGCCGCGGCAGCUCCGUCACGGCGAACGACUUCCUGCCGGCGGACAAGCCCGUCGCGUACGACAGAGUGGCGUCGCUGACGAAGAGGGCGCCGUCCAUGCGGAAGCAGGCGAGCUCGGUGUCCAAAGACAGCGCCGUGAGCGGGAGGACGAGCUUCGCCUCCGAGUUCUCCGGCUUCGGCGACUCUGACUCAGACUCCAGCGCCAGCGACGACGGGUACUCGGUGAAGGAGCUUGUCGUCGACUCCGACAGCGACUGGUUCCACUCGGAGAAAGACUUCUCGGCGGGGGUGCACGACGCCGCCAGCCUGCGGAGCUACAAGGCCAAGGUGCUCAAGGCCAUGGAAUCCCUGGAGGAGGUGGACAUGCUGCAGCUGUCUUUCCGGGACUCGUCGGCAACCACGGUGUCGCCGGGCUCAGUCGCCCAGGCCUCGCCGGACAGCGUCAAGUACCCCGAGGACAUGUGGUCACGGACCCAUUCGCCGGAAGCCGAGUACAAAGAGGAUGACGAGACGGGAACACCCCGAGAAGCCGAAGAGGCCGAGGCGAAGAUCGUCGAAGGGGAGGGGAGCAGCAUCGACAUGAGCGACGACGAUGACGAUGACGGCUCCUCGAGCAGCAAGAAGAAGAUGAUCGCGGCACCGGCGUAUGACGCCGAAUUCGCCGUUGAGAACAGCUUGGAGCAUUUGGAGAAGGAAAUUAUCACCAUAAACGAUCAUUCAUACGAAGCCAUUUCUGAUGCCAAGAGCAGUCCAGAGGUAACCACUGACAGAGAAUUGGUUGUUUCGUCUCAUCAAGCAGUUGAUGAUACCGAGAGGAGCCCACAGCCAUCAGAGAGGGAACUUCUUGUCGGUACAAGUGGUCAUCCACCUGAGCUUGUUUCUCUUGACAGAGAAGAAGCAGCCAGUACGAAUGGUCAGACAGACACUGAUGACAGGAGAAGCCCAGAGCAUCCGGAGCAGAAAUUUGUUUUAGUAGAAGGUCACUCACAUGAACUUAUAUCUGAUGUUUGGAAAGAAAUUACUGGUACAGAAGAAGAGGAAGAAGGCGAGGUUGCUUAUGAUUUCAUGGGAAGCCCUGAGCCUUCAGAGAAACAAUUUGUCAGCAGAAAUGUUCAUUCAGAUGAACUCAGCUCCGAUGAUCACAAAGCAAUUGCCCACACAAAUUAUCGGUCAUAUGCAGCAGUUUCUGACGAUCGUACCACCCCGGAGCACUCAGAGCAGGAGUUCAGUAGAGAUGAUCAUCGAUAUGGAGUAAUCCCUCACGGCGAGAACAUUUCAGAGCCAACAGAGGAUAAGCAUGCUAGUGCAGAUGAUCAUCUAGCCAAAGCCCCUCGACAUGUCCACUUUUCAGUUACCGAGAAGGCCAAGUCUCUGGACGAGGAGGAGGAUAAGGAAGGCAAGUGGAAGGACUUGACAGAGGAAGAAGAGGACGAAUUGGAGUCACUGUGGGAGCACCAAGACCUGAUCGAGCAGCUGAAGCUAGAGCUGAAGAAGGUGCGGUCAGCCGGGCUGCCGACGAUCCUGGAGGAGUCGGAGUCACCAAAGGCGCCGAUGGAGGACCUCAAACCAUGGAGGAUCGACGCCAAGUUCCUGCGCGAGGACCCGAUGGAUGAGCUGAACAAGUUCUUCAAGAGUUACAGGGAGAGGAUGAGGAAGUUUGACAUCCUGUGCUUUCAGAAGAUGUAUGCCAUAGAUUUUCUCCAGCUCAGAGGGCCCCAACAGUCGACGAACUCUAUGAAGGCCUUGUCACCAACGGCGCUAUCCAUCCUGUCGCACAAUUUCCGAUCGGCUCGCUGGAGAUCACCCGAGGAUCCAUCGGACCGGCUCCUCAAGGACCUCCGGUGCGACUUGGAGACGGUCUACGUCGGGCAGAUGUGCCUGUCGUGGGAGUUCCUCCGGUGGCAGUACGAGCAAGCCUGUGACCUGCCGGAAUCCGACCCUUACCACAGCCACCACUACAACCAGGUGGCCGGGGAGUUCCAGCAGUUUCAGGUGAUGGUGCAGAGGUUUGUGGAGGACGAGCCCUUCAAGGGCCCUCGGCUGCCAGACUACGUCAAGGAACGAUGCCCCUUUCGCAACUUCUUGCAAGUGCCCGUGAUAAGAGAGGACAGCCUGAAGGACAGAAUGGAGGACCAACGCAAGGGGAACUACGUGAUAACGAGCGAGGAGCUGGAGGUCGUCAUGGAGGAGUCGAUGCACAUUCUGUGGGAGUUCAUCAAGGCCGACAAAGAGCCGCAGACGUCGGUGCUGAAGGGCUUGUCGACUGCCCACGUCGAGCUCCAGGACCCCAGGGACGAGGCUCUUGUGAAGGCCAUCCACGCCACGUUACAGAAGAAAGAGAAGAGGCUGAAGGACCUGCUGAGGACGGGGAACUGCAUCGUGAAGAAGUUCAAGAAGCCCAAGGAGGACCGGUCGGACCAGAACCUCUUCUUCUCGCAGGUGGACAUGCGGCUGGUGGCGCGCGUGCUGAGGAUGCCGAGGAUCACCGGCGACCAGCUGCAGUGGUGCAAGGCGAAGCUGGACAAGAUCAUGCUGGUCGACAACAGGCGGAUCCACAGGGAGGCUUCGUUCUUGCUCUUCCCCUGCCUGGAGUACAAAACAUAAACCAUCUCUGAUUUUGUUCUCUUCUUUUUCUCCCUCCACGAAAGCAAUCCUCACCAUGUAAUCCACGGCUUGUAGGUAAUUUUUUUUCCUUUCAGCCUCUUAGUAAUCCGGUUCUCUACAGCUUACACAGGUCGGGUGCCUAUGACUGUAACCUGAUGAACAUGGCAUAGGCCACAGAGCCAUCCCAUGGUAUAUAAGUUUACUUAUUACUUGCA